GCAUGCAACAGUAGUCUACGUAGGCUUACUUUGUAAGGGCAGCUGCAGUAACUACAUAGGCCUACUACAAGUCAAAAGAAAAGAAUGUGAUUUGGACCUCAGCCAGUGUUUGAGGAGUCGCUGCAGGUCGAUGCUGCUGCCUAUAGAGGACACUGUGGUUCUCACACACAAUGUCUCCUCCCAUGCCGACCGGCUCCAGUAUCCAGACUGCGUCUCAUCGCGUCUCCGAGAUCAACUUCCAACGCUAAUGUCACAGAAAGUGGCACAAACGGAUAUUUGCGUGCUAUAAUUCGCUGCGGGUGAAUUAAAGGCAGCGCAGGCUGAUUUGGGCCAGCGGAUCUGCCUCUAUGUAUCCCGGUGUGUAGCCUAAUCUGUCAUGGAUCUGGUUUUCAUAAUAACUUAGCCGUGCUAGACAGGUUAAAAGAAUCUCUGUUUAUUAGGACAACAUUAAGAGGACAUGGACGGGGCGGAUGCGAGCCGGCUGUCCGACGAGGACCUGCUGAUGCUGGGGAAGGAGGAUCUGAUUCGGAGGCUGAGGCGGCUGGAGAGCCGCAACAUGGACCUGAUGCUGGAGCACGGGAACAUGAUGAAGGACGUGAACCGGAACCUGCAAGUCCACCUCUGCGAGAUCCGGAGCCUGAAGGAGGUCAACCAGAGACUACAGGACGAUAACCAAGAGCUCCGGGAGCUGUGCUGCUUCCUGGACGAUGACCGGCAGAAGGGGAGGAAGGUGUCCCGGGAGUGGCAGCGGUUCGGCCGCUACACGGCCAGCGUCCUGGGGAAAGAUGUCGCUCUGUACCAGCAGAGGCUGACCGAGCUGGAGAGCAGUCAGGAGGUGCUGCGGACGGAGAACAUGGAGCUGAAGGAAAUGGUCCUCAUGCUGGAUGAGGACAGGAGCGGGGCCGGCUCCCGGAGCUCCAUCGACAGCCAGUCCAGCCUGAGCAACCUGAACUGCCCCGUGCCGGUUCGGGACGUCGGGGAUGGGAGCAGCACAUCCAGCACUGGGAGCGCCGGCAGUCCCGACCACCACAACCACUUACACAAAGCAUCUGAGGGAAAGAUAGCAUCUCUGAGGAGGUCUGUGGACUUCCAGAGUGGAGAUGGGCUCAGUGAUGAAUUAGCCAGCUACGUCAGACAGCUGGAGAACAAGAUGAGAAUGCUGGAAGAUGAAAACAACCAGCUGCUGUCUCAGGGCGAUGCUCAAACCUCCAGCAGUGAGCCCUUCUCCACAGAGCUCUACCUCCCCCCCCGGCUGAAACCAGAAGCUAUAGUCCACGCAAUGAAGGUGCUGGACGUCCAUGAGAAGCUGGACAGGCAGUGCUCACAGGAAUAUGAUGAUGAUCUUAAUGACAAAGAGAAGGCCAUUGUUAGAGAGAUGUGUAACGUGGUUUGGAGAAAGCUGGGUGAUGCUGCAGGAUCCAAGCCUUCAAUCCAACAGCAGCUUUUAGGCAACCAGUUUAAAGGGCCUUUAUAGUUGUCAGACACCAAGUGAAGCCACCAAUGGUUCCAACAAUCCUACAUUACUAAUUUGAACUGGAAGCUUUUCAGCAGCGUGUUUGAAACUGAGUCAAAAUGGAUAUCCAGCUCAGUCAACCAGGACAUAAGUACUGAAAUGCCAAUGCCAGGAGACUGGCCGUCCAUUUGUAGCAGAUGGACGCAAAAUAGCCAAUCUCGUAAUCUGGGUCACAGACAUAGACUCUAUGCAGCUUUUUUUAAAGCCUUCGCCCUCAUGGAAGCAGAAAAUGUAAAUGUGGGAAAUGUGGCCGAAGCCUGGUUGUAACUCUAACGCAAGCGGCAGCCACAUGGCUCAGUGUGACAGUCUGAGACACCGGCCAAUCAAGCAAAUACAACCAGAAACUCUCACUUUAAGCCUUAUUAUAUCCAUCCAUCCAUUCAUCCAUCAAUCUAUCUGCUUCUCUUCCAAUGCCGAAUCGAUACUUUUAAAACGAUUCCGAUUCCUAAACCGAUUCUUGAAAAACUGA